AUGCGCAUCGCUACGCGAAUGCGGGACUGUCAGUUUUUGCCUUGCACUAGACACAAAGAAAUAAAUAAAAACAGUCUGCGUGAGGCCCUCCCAUUUUUAUUCUGGACGCCUGGUGACGCAACGACGUCGUACGCUCUGCGCUACGUUCCCGAGGCAAGAUGGCGGCAUCCUGAGCAGACAACUCUUCUGUCUGAUUUUCGUCUUUAUUUCGUAAAGUUUUUUAGAAAGUACAUGAAGAUGCCUGCGGUACUGAUCCUCAGCAAUGAGGUGGUCAAGAUGAGGGUGGAGGUCAAAAGGGUGAAGGUGCUCCUCAUCCGGAAACUCAUCCGUCAGAUCUUAGUCCUGGAGAAGAAGAAAGGAAGUGAGGCAGUCCUGGAGAAGUUCCGCAGACGAGCUGCCAGACUUCGGGAGGAGAUCCAUGAGCUGAAGACCAUCUCACUUGACAGGGUUACCAAGGCCGCCCUACAGAAGGACAUCAGCUUUGAGAAAGUAUGCCGGGAUAAAGAGGCCAGUCUAUCCGAACGAGCCAUAGCCCGCAUCGCCACACACCCACAGUUCAGCAAGAAAAUCCGGAGCAUAAAGGCAGCCAUCAAAGCCUUCAAAGAAGAGAGAACAAAUCCAUUAAAUGCUGAAAAACAAUCAAAAACCGUUGUAGAAAACGCCACGUCACUAGAUCAGUCGCAAAGAGAUAACGAUGGUGAUGAUUCGUGUUCAGAGAAGUUAAGCGAUGAAGGUGAUGAUGAGGAGCUGAAAGAGGAUGAGGGUGAUAAAAAGACAGAUGAAGACAGGCCAGAGGUGAUAGAUGGGUUCACAGAGGAGAGCCAGAAGACGAGUGUAGAGACAAUAAAUGAACAGACCAAUCAGUGCCAGAAGAAAGAAUCAUUAACAGUUGAGGGAUCAUCUGAAACAGUGGGCAUCCCAGAGGAAGUUAUCAGGAUGAGGAAGGAAGUGAAGAGGGCGAGGGUACUGAUCAUCAGUAAAAUGACAGAGCAAGUGGCUUCUCUGAAGAAAAAGAAGAAGGGUCAGGAAUCUGAGUUGAAGGAAAGCCAAGAAAAAGCAGCUGAAAUCAUGAAAAAAAUCACGGCUUUAAGGAGCCUUAAGCUGGAUCAGGUGACCAUGACUGCACUUCAGGACAAUGUUGACCUUGCGAAGGUUUUGCAGGACUCUCAGGCGAGCCCAGUGGACAGAGCCAUCGCACAUAUCGCCACACAUUCCCGCUUCAUCAACAAGCUCCAGAAGGUCAAAGAAGCCAUCAAAAAAGAAAGAGCUAAAGCUGUGGAAGCAGAGCAGAAGAAGACUGACAAACUGGAUACGGUGCAGUCCCAGAAUGAAGAUGAGGAAUCGGAGGAGGAAGACGAGGAAUCAGAAGAGGAGCCAGAGGAAGACGAGGAAUCAGAAGAAGAACCAGAGGAAGACGAGGAAUCUGAAGAGGAAGACGAGGAACCAAAUGAGGACAACGGUGAUUACAGUAAAGAGGAGGGUGAUGUGGUAGAGGAAAAACUGAACAGUUCUAACCCUGGGACCCAUACGUCUAGCGUUGCAGAGCCAACAGAAAGUACACCUUCCAAGAUCAUCACAACAUCUCCAGAAAGAUCUAAAGGGGUUGAAGUUAAAUCACAGAAAGCAGAGGCCACUGCUCGUAAUAUCAAAAGUUCUCCUGAAAAGUCUUCAAAUGUAAGUAAGAAGAACCUUGGUAAAGCAAGCAAAGAAACAGAGGCCGCCUUAAAGCCACCAAAGAAAAAAGACCUACCUGAGACCAAGAGGGUUGAGGCAGAAAAGGACAAGGAAGAAAGCGAUUUAUCAGAUGAGGAGGAAGAGAAGGAAUAUUUCGAUGACAGCACAGAGGAACGUUUCCAUAAGCAGUCGUCUCAGUCUGAAGAGAGUGAUGACGAUGAUUUCUUUCUGGGCAAGGUUAGCAAAUUCAAGAAACGGAAAAGUAGCCAAAGUAAAGUCGAGGAGAAAAAGAGCGAGCUUCAGAAAACUGACAAGGAGGCCGUCAGCAAACCCCAUGAGACGAACCUAGGUAAACUGCAGUCUGUGUUUUGCCCAGUGUUGUCCAAAUCUAGCGUGUCCUCUCAGAAAGCAAAGUUUGGCUCGAGACCUCCUCGGUUCCAGAACCGGAGGAAAGGUCCUGAGGGUAGGAUGAAAGCAUCUCAAUAUAAAGGCCAAGACCUUGGUGCUGACAGGAGGACGGCUCCGUUCAAACCCAACAGAGAGACUUUUAAAGCUGCUGAACAAAAGCAAGCGGGACCUUCAGGGGCAGAGAGGGGGAGGCCGCAGUUUGAGCAGAAGAGGAGUCCCAGAGGUCCACCUGGCAGGAUGUCAGACCCACCCCAGCAGUGCCUCCAUCCCUCAUGGGAGGCUAGCAGGAAGAGAAAGGAACAGCAGUCACAAAUCGCAGUAUUCCAAGGGAAAAAGAUCAAAUUUGACGAGGAUUAAGAAAUUAAAUUAAUUUGUUUUAUUCACCUUGAAAAAGUAUUUACUAUGAAGCUGUAUUAAUACACAGAUGUUAAACUGUUCAAAGUGAUUUUUCCAUUGUGUGUAAUACAUACGUCAUAGAUAAAA